AUGCUUCAGAUACUCUUCUUAUCUGCUCUUACUGUCUCAGCAAUUUUGAAUUUUGUAGGACUCGUUGUAAAUCUGUUUAUCGUAGUGGUCAACUACAGGACUUGGGUCCAAAGCCACAGAAUCUCCUCUUCUAAUAGGAUCCUGUUCAGCUUGGGCGUCACCAGAUUUAUUAUGCUAGGACUGUUUCUCCUGAACAUUAUCUACCUCUUCACCUCUCCACAUGUCGAAAGGUCAGUCCACCUAUCCACUUUUUUCCUGUUGUGUUGGAUGUUUUUGGAGUCUACCAGUCUCUGGCUUGUAACCUUGCUCAAUGCCUUGUACUGCGUGAAGAUUACUGACUUCCAACACUCAGUAUUCCUCCUGCUGAAACGAAAGCUGUCCCCAAAGAUCCCCAGGCUGCUGCUGGCCUGCGUGCUGAUCUCUGCCUUCUCCACUCUCCUGUAUGUUGUGCUCACACAGACAUCACCCUUUCCUGAGUUUCUGACUGGGAGCAAUGGUACAGUAUGUGACAUCAAUAAGAGCAUCUUGUCUUUGGUGACCUCCUUGGUCCUGAGCUCCUUUCUCCAGUUCAUCAUGAAUGUGACUUCCGCUUCCUUGUUAAUACAUUCCUUGAGGAGACAUAUACAGAAGAUGCAGAAAAACGCCACUGAUUUUUGGAAUCCCCAGACUGAAGCUCAUAUGGCUGCUAUGAAGCUAAUGAUCUAUUUCCUCAUCCUCUACAUUCCAUAUUCACUUGCUACCCUGCUACAGUAUCUCCCUUCCGUAUGGAUGGAUUUGGGAGCCACAUCCAUCUGUAUGAUUAUUUCCACCUUUUAUCCUCCAGGGCACUCUGUUCUCAUUAUUCUCACACAUCCUAAACUGAAAACGAAAGCAAAGAAGAUUCUUUGUUUCAACAUAUGGUGGAAUUUCAGUAGUAAAUAGUGGCGGGAGUCACCUCCUGGUUUGGGAGCAAGAUUUUCUCCAUUAGCGGUUUUCCCAAUGGUCUGAGAAAUUCAUUUUUGUAAUUAUUGAUCUGACUUCCUGGGCCUUUGAGUGCCUGUAUGUCAGUUCAUUCUGCAAUUUAAAAAAUUUAAAAUAUUAGGCAGUUUUUUGUUUUUUUUUUGUUUUUUCCUGAGGAGCUUGCUUGAGGCAUUACUUAUCAUGGAGUUUGCAUGAGUGUUGCAUCCCUGGCUAAGUGGAAGUCACCACAUUGUUCCAUGGGCUACUCAAGUAUAAGGGGACGUUCCCCCAAAUUAAACAAUACAUUAUAGUUCACAUCAUUAAAUUUUUGAGGUUCAGUUAAAGAGCCCUGGGUAAGGGCUUAGCAAUGAGUGAAUCAGGAGUCACCAGACUGGCUUAAAAUUAGCAAGAGGAUGCAAAGAGCAAAGGAAGAAAGGAAAGGUUUAGAGAGGAAAAGGAAGAAAGAGAAAGAUGAAACAGGUAUAUACUGUGGCAGGUGUUACAGAAAAAGCACCCUCCCCUUU